AGUAGACAACAAACAAACCCUGAACCUGAACCUAAACCUAAAAUUAAAACAAAAUAAAUUGGAGGGAUGGCAAUGCCUGGGAAAAAUAUAGAAUCUGGAUUGAUGCUUAUUAAUACAUAUAGUGACAGUGAUAGUGAAGAUGAGACUUCAAUAACUGAAAACUGUUCAAAUGUGUCAACUAACCUCAUUCCUGUUAGUAAGAACCAGGAUGCAAAUAGACUACCCUUACCUUCUACAAUAUCACAGCUUUAUGAAAAAAGCAGUGUUCCGAAUGAAAGUCCACAAGACAACCCUACUCUUCAUGACGGAAGAAUACGUUCCUUUCCUCACGAGCGAGGGAACUGGUCAACUUACGUGUUUGUGCCUUAUGAUCCUGGCGAAGGAUUUGAAGAGUUAGUAGAUGGCCUAACCUUGGUUGGUCAACAAGCUGGGAUAGAACUGAAGACAAUUCAAGAAACACAUAUUUCUCUCACUCGCACUGUUGUUCUGUUGCAUCAUUGGAUUGAAAGCUUUGUCUCUUCGGUACGAUUGGCAAUUUCUCAUUUUCCAAGAUUCACAUUAAUUUUGGGUCCACCCGCUGUUUACUGCAAUGAAGAGCGCACCAGAACAUUUUUAGGACUGAAAGUGGAAUCUGGCUCCAAACAUCUAUGUGAUAUGGCUCAUGCACUCGAUGGCUGCUUGGCGGAAUUCCGGUUACCUCCUUUCUAUGAAGACCCCCAGUUUCACAUGAGUGUACUCUGGGUUGUCGGUGAUGCUCAACACAAGUUGGAGUCAAUUUUACCAAAGUUACAGGCUGAGUUUUCUCUUCAUGUUGCAGAAAAUCCCGAUACAUUCUGUUUAAGUGUUACUCAGUGUUUAUGUAAGACUGGAAAUAAAUUGUUUACCUUUCCUAUGGCACUGUUAUGAUUUUCUUGUUUUUUGUUUGUAAAUAAACUAGA